CUUUCACAACAUAGAAAAUUCUUCCAAAAGUGACGACAGCCGAUGGAUUACUUUCUGGCUCAUCUUUGGCCUCUUCAACAUGCUGGACUACUUCACUGACCAGAUUAGGGAGAACUUCCCACUCUUUUGGUUGUUCAAGCUUUUAUUCUUGACCUGGUGUCUGGCGCCGACUGGAACCAACGGUGUGACCAUCAUCUAUUUUCACCUGCUGUAUCCACUCUUUCUUGGCAUGAAUGACCGCUGCGCCAUGGUCACAGACUUCGAAAGCGGCCGGGCAUUCUGUAGCCGCGUUUGGCAUCGCUGCUACCCGUGGGCACAGGAGCCGGAACCACUAGCCAGGAAAAUGGAAGAUUCUGGAGAGCCUGCCCGGCCAGCUGCUCAGGAGGAGCCAGCACGAGCUUCCGAGAAAGCUGCUGCAGAAUCUGCAACUGAGAAGCCUCCUGCUGAUAAGAAACCAGCUGGCGAUGGCAAAGUCAAAACAUCGGAGAGUGGGUCAGUGGCCUCAGCAGAUAAAGCUGGUGAUGUCAAGCUGAAGAAAGAAGCUACAGCAGCCAAGAUGGAUGGAGCAACUGCCAACAUUGUAAAGGGUUCUUCAGGGAAAAGUGCAACAGUUGCCACCGCAGAAAAAGAGAAGCCAGAGCCUGUUGGCGAGAAGAGCAAAUUGUCUGAGGUCACCAGUAAGGGUGCCAGCAAGGCACCAGAUAAGCACAAGGGCACAAUGGCUGAACAGCCCCCUUCCCCUGGUGGCAACAAGGAGCCAGGCAUGCCAGCCGGCGGAGUGUCACUUCGCUUAAGUUCUAAAGAUGAGUCACAGUCGGCAACAACGGCUGCUGUUUUGAAGUCAAGCAAACCACCGUCGCAGGCUCCCACGAAAUAUGCCAGUGACACUAUCGUCAAGAGCAAGACAGGAUCACAAGACUUGAAUGACGGGACCUACCAAAGCCAUCUCAGCUCCCACCGAAGCUCAAAGAAUGAGAGAGGCGCUGGAGCAAGUUCAUGGAAUGAUGUUAGCUUGUUCUCAAAACAAGAUGAUGACAGUGGAUCAGCAAGAAAGUGUGACGAUGACCGUGGAGGCUCGUCGUCUCUUCUCGCAGGUAGCAAGAGCAGCAUCCCAAUCAUCCAACCCGUGGUUCAACCCUUGUUCAGUUUGUACAGCUCUCCUUACAGCUCAACCUGUGGGUUGGCCAAUAAUGUUUCAGGCUCUGGCCAGCCACCUGCGGGUCCUUAUGCAUUUGGUCCGAGCUACCCCAGCUACCACGCAGGACCAUUUUACCCAGGCUGUCUGCAACGGCCUUCUCUGGGCUACAACAGGCCACGGAUGCUCCUCUACAGUGGACCCACACAGAGGCAAAAAUCGCUGGCGUUGAAAAAUGUGUCAUCUCUUGAAGAAUCCGAAGGUGACAUGUUCAUGGAUGACUCUAAGCCAGCAAGAAAAACAAAGGGCUUAUCUCAAAGCAGUUCCGACAAGGUGCGAGACGAUGAUGUAGCUGAUGGCAAGUAUGCGCCGCGAAAAGAUGGUAUGGAUUACAAAAUGGUUAAGGCUGGUGCUAACAAGGAAGAAGGGAAGAAGACAAGUGACGAGGAAAGGAUGGAGGAUAAGAAGAAGUGAGCAGGGGAGGAGAAGGCAGACAAGAAAACCACUCAUUGAGAUGAAAGUAGCCGAUCAACAACAGCUGGAACCAGUGGCAAUAUUUAUAGCUAGUACACCUGUGUGCACGAGGUUGAAAAACAGUGCCUGAAAACAGCACUAUAUUUUGGCUUUGGUACAAAUUGUUGUGGACUGAAUGAAUAUCAAGCUUUUGAAUUUCACUGCAUAGUGCCCCUCUGUGCAAAACUUGAAAAACCUGCUUAGGUGUGUGGUGCUUCACUGUCUGCUUUCAGUCUCUCUCAAGCUGCAACGCGCUCAGUAGUAGAUGCUUGAGUGGCCCAAGCAAAUUUACGUGCUGGAAAUUGCAAACACCCUUCAAAUAUGCUGCUGUAACAAUCAUGGAAAAUGAACAUGGUGAUGUUCAAAAAGUAACUUUGUUUUUGUUUUCUUUUUUUAAUGUAAAUUGGUAUAUUUCUUUAGACUAGAUAGUUUAUGCUUUUGAGAGAGUGGCCGAAUAAAUGAAAAUUUGAUAAAAGCUGCAUAAUAUUACAGGGUGUCCAAUCUUGG